AUGACGCGCUCUGAGCGUCCGAUCCCGCGCGUGCUGAUCGCGAGCCACGACGCGCUGCGGGUCGCUGACCUGGACGCUGGGGAGGAGACGCGGGUGAGCGCGCGCGGCGCACAGCCCGUCGCCUUCAGUUACCACGCGCACGCCGCCCGCCUAUACUGGAUCGACGCGCAGCGCGCACUGAUGACGUCACACGUUGACGGCAGCGAACCGAAGGAGCUGCUGAAGCUACGUGGGGACGGUCAAUCCAUCGCCGUAGACUGGGUCGCUCGUAAGAUCUACUGGACAGAGCUGAACACAGAGGGCGGUGGCUCCCUCUACAUGUACGAUCUCAACCUCGAGAGCCACCAGGGGGAGCUGCUCGACACGACUGUAUACAGGCUGGAGUCGAUCGUCGUCGAGCCUCGGACGAGUGCGCUCGUCAUGCUGCGCUCCCACGAGGGCCACUACCACGUCAUGCGGCGACAGGGCGACGAUGGCGCCACCGCGUUCUUCUCCGCGAGCAGCGAGGCAUGGCGGCGACGUCGCAGCGUCUGCAACUGUUCGCAGAUCGUAACAGGCCAGGUGGCGCUCGCAAGCAUCAGCGUCCAGGGAUCCGUCGCCAUCGACGAGACGGGCCCGGAUGCUCUGUUGUUUUGGGCCGACGACAAGAACGUCAUCUGGGCGACAAGCAUGGAUGCUUGCACAUGCCGCCUGGUGUUCAAUGGCAGCGACGCACAGAGUGCAGGUCUGCCUCUGACCUCGCUGACCGUAGACACAGGUCGCGUCUACUGGAGCAAUGCGGGACAGGGGGCGCUGUACAGCGUCGAUAAGCGCACCGGUGGCACCCUCCAGCGGGAGCAGGUCGACGGCGUGAAGAACGUGAAGGCGUUCGGAAAGCACAUACAGCCGUACCCUGCGCCGCACUGCCUUACCCCGCCACGACCCCGCAUCGAACCACGCCUCCACAACGUCACCAACACGACAAUCAACCUGUCCAUCCAGCAGAGCGCGCCACCGCCCGACUGCGCGGGCGUCUCCAUGGCAACGGUUCGCUACACGGUCUACAUGACGCGGAGGGUUGAGGAGCCUGAGCGUGGAUGCGCGGCGGAUGGAAGCUGUGAGACGUGGGUCACUACGAGCCUUCGAUCAGCGCCAUUGAACCUUGACCGUACCACGGCCCCCCAACACACCCCGGAAAGUACUGUUCCAGGUUGCGCUAGCAACGCUCAGCAGCAGCGGGGGCGCCCCGACCUCAGCCCCCCCGUGCCCCACUCAACUCUCACCAGCGUGACGGCCCCGCGGGACCCGGUACCCGGUCGCCCCCCGCGCCGCCGGGCUCACACCGUGCCCACGACCGUCACGCCGGAACGCGUCAACGUCUCAUUCCGCAUUCCGGAGAAACUCCGAGGUCCACCUGACGGCAUCCGAUACACCGUUGCGUGGCGCCGCCCAAUGCACCCGACACGAAAACACAAGGCCGUCUCCGAGCUCGACCAAUCAGAGCCCGGCACGUACAGCGUUAAUGUCGACGGCCUUGAACCCGGCUCCAAGUUUCUCUUCAAGGUGGUGGCGUACGCUCGCGACGCAGAGAAGGUUGAGAGCGCCGAGGUCGGUGGCGCCACCUACGCGACGCCGGGCAACGUGACGCUGCUGGAGGCUGGCACGCACUCGCUGACCAUACAGUGGACGUCGCCGGACAGCGGUGAGAUCCUGCGCCACGCCGUCCGCCACAGAAACGCUGGCGAGAUAGACUGGCGCACGCUUCCCUACAAGCCGACGCAGCGUCGCACUGUCUACAACGAGACCGUCGGCAGUCUAUGGCCGAAGACGGAGGUGGUGGUGCACCUGAGAGCGGUCUAUGCGUCCGGAGAGGUGUACGAGUGGCCGGACGAUGACCGCUUCUCCUUCGAAACGAUAGGUACGUUAGAGGGCGAAUCGUGA